AUGUUAGAGUGGAUCAUUAAAGAAGCGCAGUGGAAAGCUGGGGUCUUCCGAGAUACUAAACAUGUUGUCGCAUUCGACGUGGGUGUGGUCAAAUCAGAUGUUGCCAUACCGGAGGAAUUACGACAGGCUCUUAUAGAGGCCGUCCGUCCCCUGGAGGAGGUUCCUGAGGAACAGAAGGACUACCAUCCUGGGACAGACAACAAGGUGAUUGUCAAGCUGGCGAACAUCAAGCUAACGCCUGAGAAGCCCGAGUAUGAAGGAGGCUCUUGGCAUAUUGAAGGGCAACUAAACGAACACAUCUGCGCUACAGCCAUCUACUACUAUGAUGGUGAGAAUAUCACGGAGAGCACUCUCACAUUUCGUUAA